AUAAAUAUUAGUAUUGUGUGCAUCUUCUAUUGAAUAAGGUAAGCAUGGCUUGUGUGGGGAGUAGCAUCUGCGGAGUGGGAACAAUUAAUGCGAAUAGAUAUUCCAACAUAAGCAGCAGCUCAUUCGGCUACAAAAUACCAUUAUUAAAUAGCAGAAGAAGGGGAGUGAGAAUACAAGCAGCAGAUAACAUGGCUACAGAGAUAGCGGGAGUGAAGGUCGUUAAGAACCCUCCUGAAUCUAAACUCACCGACCUCGGCGUCAGAUCUUGGCCCAAGUGGGGCUGUCCUCCUAGCAAAUUCCCAUGGACAUACUCUGCCAAAGAGACAUGUUACUUGCUGAAGGGAAAAGUGAAGGUUUACCCUGACGGGUCUGAGGAGGUCGUUGAGAUAGGUGCAGGCGACUUGGUUGAGUUCCCCAAAGGAAUGAGCUGCACUUGGGAUGUUUCUGAAGAAGUGGACAAGCACUAUAACUUUGAGUAAAUGAGUUGUAGUCUCCAGACCCUUGUUGUAACAAGUUUAUGCAGAAUGUGUCUUUAAUUAGACAGGUUUCUGAUGUCAUGCUGCAUAAGUGUAUAAGGAUUUUCACCAGAUUAGGGUAAUGCUAUUGUCAUUUAUACAUUUCAUGGUCAUUGAGGUUUAUCUACUAAUUUGUUGUAUGCUAGAGCUUUCCUAUUA